AUGAAACUUUUGUGUUUGCCCGGCGCCUAUGGCAGCAUUGAGAAAUUCAAAGUGCAGCUUGCACCUCUUGUGAAAGAGCUACAAGAGGACAAGACCGCCGAAUUCCAUUUCAUUCAAGGACCGUACGAGGUAGCGCCACCCGAAGGCUACGAGGAGUUUUUCGGAGGGGCGCCAUACUUUCGCUUCAUCGUGCCUGAGGGCGAGGAGGCUGAGAAGGUGGACGUUAUCGAGCGUAUCAGAGAUUUUCCACAGUUGGAGACACCUGAGAUGACGAUGCGCGAGCUUAUGACCUACGGUGUGGCGAGGACGGACAAGAGCGCUGCACAUACUCUCCAGUACCUGUACGACCUCAUGGAGAAGGAAGGCCCAUUUGAUGGCAUCGUGGGCUAUUCUGAAGGCGCAACGAUUGCCGGUACGCUUCUAUUGCACGAACAGCUUUUGCAAGAGAACCAUGGUCGAACACCGAUGUUCAAGUUUGCUUUGUUCUUCGGCGGCUGGCCACCCAUGAAGCCGACGCUAGACGGCAUUGUACUCGCAGAUGAGAGUGAAUUGAUGAUUGACGUUCCGACAUGCCAUAUCAUUGGCUCGCUCGAUCCUUAUCUGCACGGAAACAUGGCUCUGUACAACGUCUGCGACCCGGAUUCUGCGUACAUUUUCGAUCACGCAAAAGGGCAUACACUGCCACGAGACAAACACAUGGUCAAGGAACUGGGAGACAUUGUUAGACGUAUGAUCGAUGAGGUUAACGGUGGUGUUUCGCCGGUUUGA